UUCGGUCACACCAGAAGACGCAACAAUAUCCGAUAAAAACUUCGUUGUUCGUGUUUUUCAGCACAGCACAGAUUCAAUAAUUAUGCCGUAGGUGCGGCCAGCGAGGAUCAUCAGAUCAUCAGCAGCGCAGAGCGAUGGCCUACAUCAACAUCGCCGAAUGGACGCCCGACCAGGUCACCGACUGGAUCAAAGGUCUGGAUGAGUCCAUGAAGGGAUAUUUGUACGAGUUCUCCAAGCAGGAGAUCGGCGGCAGGGCCCUGCUCAACAUACGGCCAUAUGAGUUGGAGAAUCUGGGCAUGCUGCGCAUUGGCCACCAGGAGAUCGUCCUAGAGGCAGUGGAGAACCUGAGGAACUUUCACUAUCAUCUGAAAAACGACAAUCUGCAGUUUAUGGCUCUGCAUGUGGCCACUGCCGCGGGGAAUCUGCAUCGCGAGCUGGCGAGGAAUCAUGCGGAGAGCACCAAGAUCGAUACACGGAUACUGCACGACAUAACCAGGACAAUAGCCACCCUUAAACCGCUGGUGGGCAGUCUGGAGCGAACGCCGUUUAGGAAGCAGGAGAUGUACCGCGAGUACUGCGGCAAUGUGCUCAAAUGCGGCCUGGAACUGGCCACCAUUGCUCACAGGGAUCGCUUUGCCCUCCAGCCUGUGCCGGCGAUUCGCCAGACGGCAGAGCGACUGGAGAAUCUGGCCAAUUUCGUGAUCCAGGACAUUUCCGAUCCCAUGGUGCUGCAGCCCGCCUCCCUGAACUUGGUUACGCUCAAGAAACGCGAAUCCGAACUGGGUUUUAACAUAGAGUCCAGCUACAAUGGCAUACACCGCGUCACGGACAUCAAGUACAACUCGCCGGCUCAUAAUUCCGGAAAGAUUGAGGAUGGCGACGAGAUUGUGCAGAUCAACUAUCAAACUGUGGUCGGUUGGCAACAUCGCACUGUGCUGGAGCAUUUAAGGGAGGCCCUGCCCGACGUGGUGCUCACGGUGAAGAAGCGGCCCAAGCACACCAAGAUGUUUGGCCAGAUCUACAUGCAGCCUUACCGAUUGCCCAGCAAGAAGAGGAACAUGGCCGCUCGCUGGGCGGAGCAGAUGCCGAGUCCCAGGACAGCUUUCUUAACUCUGGACACAGAGCCAAUGGCAACGGGAGGAAUGGGAAUGGGAAUCGGAAUAGGAAGCACUGUGUCAGAUCCAACUAAAUCCCUAAGCAGCGAGAAGCGAGGAGAGGCGAUGAGCAUCAAGUCUACUGUCCAUCCAGUGUCAUCGGCUUCCGAUUCCGACUCUAGCUGCAGUGAUAUACCCACGCCCACGGAUCCCAAGUCGGCGGCCCGUGAGAUUCGAUUGUAUUACCCCAAACCGAGGGCCCUGCUCCAGCGCAGGAAUACGAUCUGCGGUGAGGAGUUCUUGAGCCUGAAACACUCGGAUCUGGUGGUGCCCUCUUGGCACGAAAGAAAGCCUGGCGUCGGCUCCUCGGUCAUCUCUGAUUCUGGGUCGCCCAGCAUCCGCGACAAGUCGAAAUCCUUUGGCUAUGGCCUGGAGAUUGCGCCUAGGCCCACCACUUGCAUUGGCCUUGCGGCAGGGGACAGCUCCAUUGACAACACCAAGCGGAUGUUCCACGAGGUGAGGAAGCUGAAGCAGCUGACGGAGGGUUCGCAGCGCGAAUUCCUCGCGGAUCGCUACAAGCCGGGCGUGAGCAAGGUGGUGCGCUUCGACUCCAAAGAGGACUAUGUGGUGAAGAACGAGAAGUUCACGUGCAAUGUGGAGAACACCAUACUGGAGACCUUCGAGCCGAUUCCCUUUGCUGACGAGGGCGACGAGGAUGCCCUGGAAACGCUGCGCAACUGCACGACGGAGAAUGCCGAGGAGCUGCUGGAGGCCAUAAAUCAGGCCAGUCGUGGCCAGGACUUGCCCCUGGCCGAGGCCAAAAAUAUGGCACUGCUGCAGCAGGCUGGUCGUCGUGGUCGCUUGGACAAGAGUCACAGUACGCCAGCGUAUGACAAUUCUGGCGAGGAAUCGGACACGCCGCCGGCGAUUGAACCCAGGAAGGAGUUCCUGUUGGUCACGCCACCGGCGCCUCCGCCGCGACCCCGAAAACAGACGCCAGUGGUGCCUCCGCCACCUCCAAAACCUGCCAGCAUGCAGGCAGCCAGUAGUGUGGCCAGCAUUCCCAUACCCAUACCCAUUCCCACAACGCCCAUCGAUCCCACGGAGAUCAGUGAGCUGCACACGCCCAGCAAAUCACGCACCUUGACCCUACGCAAGAAGCACAGCCUGAUGGCCAAGCGGAGGAACACAAACCUCAAGCUGCUAAGCACGGGCGACAUCCAGGGUCAUCUGUACAGGCGCAAGAAGAAUCACCAUGGCGUGACCUACUGGGCCAGAAUCUAUUUCGUAAUGCUAGACACGAUUCUGUAUGGAUUCAGCAGCAAGCAGAGCACCAGUGCCAGUCUGGUCAUCUUUCUGCCCGGAUUCACGGUCUCUUUGGCCAAGGAAGUGCACUCCAAGCCGCAUGCCUUCAAGGUUUACCACACGGCCAAGAGUUUUUACUUUGCGGCUGAGUCCCUGGAUGCUCUAAACCAGUGGGUGAACUUUUUGCGCCAGGCCUCGCUUAAGAUUCCGCCAAACACCGGAUCGAGCGGCAGUCAGAAUGCCAAGGAUCUGUAUUCGGAGAACGAGAGCUCGGGAGAGGAGUGCGAUGCCCUGGUGGCCAAGAACCUGAGCACGCCUUCGCCCCAGGGCAACAAGGAGGGGAUGUCUACGAUGCUACUUGGUGGAACUCCACCCUCCUCCGCCUCCUCCUCCUCGGCCGUGAUCAAACCAGAGCGUGGUUACCUCAACUCUUUGCGCAAAUUCACAAUGGGGCCUUUCAAGAACAGUGCGGCGAAACCGUCGAGCGAUAUACCCGUGCCCACUGAGAAUUAUCGGAGCUACACGAAGGUGCCUGGCGGAUAUCAUGGCCUCCAGAUUGGGGCCAAUACACCGGGCUACCAUGAUCCGGCCAUGCCGCCCACACAGAUUCCUCCUUUGGUUGGGCCCAAAUUAUCGCGCAGUUCGAGCAGAAGUUCAGUGGUAAGUGGUACUGAGUCAGCCGUCUCCUUUUCCGCCUCGAUUUUGGGUCCGCCCUCUUCACCGGCACCAACGCCCACGGCCACGCCCACGCCCACUCCCACGGCCACACCAACUUCGCUGCAACCCCAGAGCUCGGAUGAGAGUCCCAGCCAGAGCCAGAGUCAAAGUCCCAGCAGCAAAUCGAGUUUAAAGAAGGCGACGUUCAACUUUCUGCAUGCCUCGAAUCCGAAUUUGGUGGAAUUCGAUUUCCACACGUCAAAGGCGCUGCUGCCCAAAAUGAGUGGGGGCACCACAUUGGAUCAUGGCCACAACAUCCAGGGCUUUGUGACGCUGAAGGAUCUGAUGCUGCGCAAACAGGAGGAGGAGGCUCAGGAGAUGUACAACAAUCGGGUGCAUUUGGGCGUGGAGAAGCACAAGCAUGCGCGCACAGAAUCAACGGCCAGUCAGCAAAGUGCCAUGAGCAGUGCCAGCCAAGUGGCCAAACCGCUGGAGAAGCUGCCUAAGAUUCAGAGCGUGAGUCUGCCCAAGACGCCCGACUACGAGAUUAGCUUCAAGCCGGAUGACGAGAGUAUCAAGAGGACCAGGACCAAGGAGGGUCAGAAGCUGCGCGACUUUGGCUACGAGCUGAUAUGCGGGGAUGAGCCGAGCACUAGCUCUAGCAGCAGGCAGGAGCAACAUCAUCAUCACCAUCACCAGCAGCAUCUUCAUCAGCAGCAGCAGAUCCAUCAGCAGCAGCAGCACAAUCAGCAAACGCAGUCCAGCAGCAAAACCAAGCACUUUCUACGCUCCCAGCAGCUGCAGUUCUCCAGUUUUCUGCACAAGAGCUCCAGCAGUUCCAGCGCAGAUCAGAAGAAAGCCAAGGGCAAGUGGAGCAGCGAUCGGCGCUUUCCCUUCUCCAAGCACUCCAGCGGAUCCUCCGGAAGUGGCUGCAAUCCGGGCCAUGCAAUGACCAUGACUUUGCCGCUGAACAAGAAGUCCAAAUCGAAUCACGCUUUGGAUGGAGGAGCCGGUGGCAAUGGCAUGGCCAUUAUGGGCACUGGCAGCAGCAUUAAGAAGAGCCAGACUUACAAUCAGGAUUUGCGCGACAAGAUUGUGGGCACCAAGUAUGAUGCGCAUCGCAAGAACUCGGCUCCCGUUCCCAUCUUCUCGAAGCUCUCUAUUUCGGGCGGUACGCCGGUGAAGCCUUCGAAGGAGAAUCGUUUCCUGGGCUCGCCGCUCCUGCAUCGCACGCUCUUUGGACACCACCAUCAUCAGCAGCAGCAGCAGCAGGCGGCAAUGGUGACCCCACCGAGCAGUGCGGAUCCGGAUUGCGAUCAGGAGAUCUUCACCCAGAUCACCCUGCCCACGCACAAUCAGGCGGGGUAUAGAAGCUACAGGGGACCUGGCAUCAUGACCACCUCUACCACUAAUCUGUGCUCCUCCGAGGGCUUGCAGCCGCCUCUCCCACCAGCUCCGCCGCCUCCAAUCCUGGCUAGCCGAAAAGACAGGGAGGAGGAACCAUUGGAGGCGGCAGGGGCAGCGAUAUCGGAGAGUGCAGCCACCCCCAAGAUGUCCAGUUCGGGAUCUGUGGACUCGAAAGCGGCCACGCCGGAUUAUCCCAACAUGGAGUGUCCACCGGUUUUCGAACCGGAGAUUUACUCGCUCAGCGAUACCAGCUUGUCCCGCCUAAUGAUGCGGACGCCCAGUAGCAGUGCAGGAACCAGCAGCACCAACGCUUCCACCAGCAACAACAACAAUAACAACAGCAACACCAAUAACAACACCAACAAUACCAACAACACCAACAGCAGUCCCAGUGGCAGCGAACACCAUCCGAACUAAAAGAUGAGUGAUGAAAACUAUUGUGAAUGCUCGCGGGGAUUAGAACCCGCUUUACUUAUGUAAUUUAUACACAAGCAUAUAUAUUUAUAGUAUAUAUAUGUUAUAUAUAGCGAUAUUCUCGUACGAUAUAGGUAUACAAACUUGUUCAUUUUUAAUCGUCUUCCCUUGUCUGUCCACCAGCAACAAACAAACAAACAAACAACACCACGCAUACCUGCAAUCCAAUCCCUUCGAGUCGAGAGCCCCCACUUAGAUUGUAAAUGUUUAAUCUGCCUUAUUUGCAUUGUAUUUCGGUUCUAGGCAAAAUUGUUUACACACACACACAGAUGUAUAUGGUACUCACGCAAAUUAUUUAUAGCGAAAAAAAAAAACAAAAAAAAAAAGAAAUUGGAAGAUAACUUUAGAAGUCUGCGCAUCGAACGAAGAGAGGAGUAGUUCUUUAUGAUUUGCCUUUGUACGCGAUUAACCAAGUUAAUCCGAGCUGUUUGGCUUGCUCAACAGUUUGUGUCUAGAUUGCAUGUACUAUAUAUAUAUUAUUAUGCGAAACGAGAUAUUAUUGUAGCGCGGUUUCCAGCGACGCCAAUGGAGCCACAAAUGUUGUAGCGAAUAAACAAUAUAAAUAUACACACUUACACGAAAUAUACAUGCAUACGAAUAAAGUCAACUGUAUAUAAUGAAAA